AUGAUAGAAUCACAGCCAUGGGGUGCCGUCUUGGGUAACAGUGCACCGAAAGUAAAUGCGACGCAGUGUGCUUUGUACUGGUGUACCAAGUCCAUUUCAGCCCGCAUGAGCGGCAACAAGCUUAAGGAAACUCAUGUCGAGACACGCACCGACACAAGUGCCCAGUACCAAAACAUCUUUCUCAGAUUGUCUCCACCUAAAAAUGAUCGUUUUGAUUCGGACUUCUCCGACAAUAGCAACUCUGGCUUUGUUUAUGAACAGUUGAAAAAGGCCAGAUCAAUUAGUUGGCACGCUAAGAAGCUCGAUAUCAACAGUCUCGGAAAUGUUAAUUUCACCGAUGAAUAG